AACUCGCCUCCGCCACCAAUGAUGCACGUGCCGAUGCAGAUGGCCCAAAACCCUCCGGCGGGGGCCGUCCCCGGGCAGUGGACAACGGGUCUCUGCGGUUGUUGUGAAGAUCCCUCCAACUGUGUCAUCACUUUUUGCUGUCCCUGCAUCACCUUCGGCCAGAACGCGGAAAUCAUAGACAGAGGAGCCACCUCUUGUGUCAACGGCGCGGUCACAUGCUACUCGCUCGCCUACGCGGGCGUCGCGUGCCUAUAUUCGUGCACUUACCGGAAAAAACUGAGGGGUCUACACUCGUUGCCAGAAGAUCCGUGCGCCGAUUGCCUCGUGCACUGGUGUUGCAUGUGCUGUGCUCUUUCCCAAGAAUAUAGGGAGCUCAAAAACCGCGGAUUUGACCCUUCCAUAGGUUGGGUGGCCAAUGCCGAGAAGAUGAACCAAGGUGCGGCGACGAUGCCUCCGACGAUGCAGGGCAUGGGUCGUUAACUUUGCUUUUCAGGGCCCAUCUAAUCCAGAGAUUGUCCGUGUGCAUUUGGCGCAAAUGUGAGCUUCGCGAGAGCUUACGAUAGUCGAUCAUGAGUCGAAA